AUGAAGCCCUUGUCCGCCUUUCUUGGUCUUGCAGGCCUAGCUGUUGCCGUGGCAGCGUCUUCCGUCCGUCGUGACUACGAGCAGAACGACUACUACGUUCUGCACCUCGACGGUGAGACCGUGCCCGACCAGGUGGCGCUGCAGCUCGGACUCGUGCACGAAGGCCAGCUAGGCGAGCUGGCCGGCCACCACGUCUUCUCGGGCCACAAGAGCGGCGACGAUGUCGUCCGGCGCGAGUUGCAGCAGAGACGACGGCGGCGACGAUCCAUCAGCUCGCUCCUGAGCGGGCGCAGCCCCCUGGACGGCGUGCUGUUCGCGCAGAAGCAGCAGCUGCACCGACGGCUGGAAAAACGAGUGAUCCCGCCGAUGCCACCAUCCAUCCAAUCCAGACAGGGCGAGCGGCAGGCCGCACAGCCCGAGGCGGCAGCCGUGCAGAGACAAGCGCUGGUCGCCAGCACCCUGGAUAUCCAGGACCCCAUCUUCAAGGAGCAGUGGCAUCUGUUCAACACGCAGCAGGUCGGCCACGACGUCAACGUCACGGACGUGUGGCUGCAGGGCAUCACGGGCCACAACACGACCGUGUCGAUUGUCGACGACGGCCUGGAUAUGUACAGCGAUGACCUCAAGGACAACUACUAUGCCAAGGGCUCGUACGACUUCAACGAGCAGACAGCCGAGCCGCGGCCCCGGCUCUCGGACGACCGGCACGGCACGCGCUGCGCCGGUGAGGUGUCGGCGGUGCGCAACAACGUGUGUGGUGUCGGAGUUGCAUACGACUCGCGCAUUUCAGGCAUCCGCAUCCUCUCCAAGGCCAUCUCGGACGCCGAUGAGGCGGCCGCGCUCAACUACGACUACCAGAACAACGACAUCUACUCGUGCUCGUGGGGCCCGCCCGACGAUGGCCGCAGCAUGGACGCGCCCGGUGUUCUGAUUCGCCGCGCCAUGCUGAACGCCGUGCAGAACGGCCGCGGCGGCCUGGGCUCCAUCUACGUCUUUGCCAGCGGCAACGGCGCUGCGUCCGACGACAACUGCAACUUUGACGGCUACACCAACAGCAUCUACAGCAUCACAGUCGGUGCCGUCGACCGCAAGGGUGACCACCCGUUCUACUCGGAGAAGUGCUCGGCCAGCCUGGUGGUGACGUACUCGAGCGGUGGUGGUGAUGCGAUUCACACGACAGACGUUGGACAAAACGCCUGCUACAACGGCCAUGGCGGCACAUCGGCUGCCGCUCCAUUGGCAGCAGGCAUCUUUGCGCUGGCGCUGCAAAUCCGACCGGACCUGACGUGGCGCGAUAUGCAGUACCUCGUCCUGAUGACGGCGGUGCCGAUCAACCUCGACUCGGGCGACUGGCAGGACACGUUUAUCGGGCGCAAGUACAGCCACACGUUUGCGUACGGCAAGGUGGACUCGUACGCGCUCGUGGAGGCGGCCAAGACGUGGACCAACGUCAAGCCGCAGGCCUGGUUCUACUCGCCGUGGAUUCACGUGCACGAGGCGAUUCCGCAGGGCGACGUCGGCCUGACGGUCAGCCUCGAGAUCACAGAGGCGAUGCUGCAGGCGGCCAACUUUGCGCGAGUGGAGCACGUGACGGUGACGAUGAACAUUGACCAUACGCGACGCGGCGAUCUCAGCGUCGACCUGAUCAGCCCCAACAACGUGGUCAGCCACCUGUCGGUGACGCGCAAGCCGGACAACACUCCGCAGGGCUACGUGGACUGGACCUUUAUGAGCGUGGUGCACUGGGGCGAGACGGGCGUGGGCACGUGGACGGUCGUGGUCAAGGAUACGAUUGUGAACAACAAGAAUGGCACCUUUACCGACUUCCAUCUGAAGCUGUGGGGCGAGAGCAUUGACGGGUCCAAGGCGCAGCUGCUGCCGAUGCCGACGGAAGAGGACGACAACGACCACGACAUCACGGCGACGACAACGCUGGCUGCCUCGACCACGACGCUGCAGGCGACGAGCAGCAGCAGCACGUUUGCGGCGCCGACAGAGGCGGUGCCGACUGACCAGCCGGGCCGGCCGGUGAAGCCGACGGCAGAAACGUCCGGCAGCAGCAGCGCGACGACGACGACGACAGCCGGAUCGCCAGCAGAGGCGACAGGCGACAAGACUGAACACGAGUCGGAAGAGGAAUCGUCGUCGCCGACGCCCACCGGCAACACGACGUCGUGGAUGCCGGCCUUUAUGGCCAACAUGUCGACCAAGAAGCAGAUAUGGAUCUACGGGGCCAUGGGCCUGAUCGUGGCCUUUUGUCUGGGCCUUGGUGUGUAUCUCUUUCUGGCCCGCCGGCAACGGCUGCGCAACAGCCCGCGCGACAACUACGAGUUUGAGCUGCUCGACGAGGAGGAGGCCGAGGCGCUCAACGGCAGCAGCGGUGGCGGCGGGGAUGACGACCGUGCCGGUGGCCGCCUGCACGUCGAAAAGACCGCUGCCGGCAUCGUGGGCGGUCUUGUUGGUAGCCGCAAGAGCCGCCGGAAGGCGACGCGAGGCGGCGAGCUCUAUGAUGCCUUUGCUGACGGGUCGGACGAGGAAGACGACGACGGCGACGACGGCGACGACCGCCUCAGCCACCGCGAUGAGGCUCGCUAUGACGAGACCGGCUAUGCCAGCCGGCCGCAAGUGGGCUAUCGCGACGGCUCGGACGAGAAGCUGCAGCAGCCGCGAGAAGAUCGACAGACGGAUGCUGCGCGUCACGUGAUCGGGGAGGACUCGGAUGAGUCGCAGGAGGAGUCUGAAGACUCAGACGAUGAGACCGCAGCCGGUCACAGUCACGACCGGUCCCAGCUGCUGUGA